AUAGGGACCAAUUAUCUGCCGCGAUACUAAAAAAAAGUGAAAAACGUGAAAACGUGAAAAGUGAAACACGCGUCGAGUUGUUUUCGAACUGAACGUACGCGCACAUGGCACUUUUAGUCUACAGUAGAUCUAGACUACUACAGUACUCUACACUCAAUUUUAGCUAGAAAUAAAUUAAUAAUGGCUGGGACUCUUGGAAGCGGAAAGAAAGGCAUGAUGUAUAUGUUUUUAGUUGAAGCAUUUCAUCAACGAAGGACACAGGGAACAAGUACUGACCAGGCCCAGGGAGUGAGAGAGUUUCUAAAAGGAAAUGUGGUGAUAAAGGGAGGAGGAAAUGCCAUAUACGAUGUGUACAUCAAUGACCCGGGCAACAGGGACCCGAAACAAGUAGAGAAGGUGCUGGCGAUGAGUUGCGAUCAGCAUUUCGGAAUCCGCAAUGGAAUUUGCGACGAAUUGAAUUUGAGGGUCACAGUGAAUCUUAAGAGCCAGAUUUUUUUGACUGGAGCGCCCUUCGAAAUUCCUAGAGAUGCUGUCAGAGAGUAUAGGCACCCAGCACUUCUGUCCAUCCGAGAGAUUCACAAGAGUCCAGCGAAAAGACGUGCCACAGUGAGGGGUGUGGUGUCAGAGGUGGGAGAAGUUCGGACAGUUAGGGGGGAAAAGCGAGUGAGAAAUAUUCUACUCAAAGACGGAGAGGAUUCGAUCGGCGUUAGUCUGUGGGAGGAGCAUACCGGUGUAGCAGUAACAGUUGACCAACGGAUUGAGGUGACACCCGUUGUCGUAUCUGAAUUUAACAGUCGUAAGCGUUUGGAAUCGACUGCCACAAUGAAGCUACAGAUGGUUAUUUGCAACGCAGAGUUUCAAGGAGUACUGAUGGCGGUUUCCGAUGAUGAGUACAAGAUCCCUUAUGAGCUUAUUCUCUUGGACGAUGGAGACGAGCGUGUGCUAACAGUAAACCAGAAGAGUUUAUUGGUUGACAUCGACCUAUCAAGGCUUCCAUGCUCUGUCAAAGGAGAGGUUGAAAGUGAGGGAUUGAAGGAAGUUGUUGUAAAGUUGGAGAAGAUGUUGGAUUGAAGUGUGGGUUAGGUGGUAUAUGGGGAAUUUUGUGUGUACACCCUGUAUGUGUUAAAAGGUACAAAGUUAGGAACUGAUGAGAAAUAGGAGAAUUUUUGUUAACAGGUAGUAUGUGUUUUAGUUAUAUUUAGUGGGUAUUUUUGUGUUGAAAGAGAGGAACUGGUAGGGCUGAGUGUAUUUGAUCGAAUCAAUGAGUAAUUUUCAAGAUUAGAUAAAGAACAUAACAACUUAGCAAAAUGUUUAUAAUGUAAGAUUAGGUCAAGAAGAUGUUUUUAUUGUUUUAUCCUUCCUGAAUCAGAAUUGAGCUUUGAUUUUAGGUCAAGAAGAUGUUCUCAUUGUUUUAUCCUUCCUGAAUCAGAAUUGAGCUUUGAUUUUAUGCAUGAUAUUAUGUAAAUAACGGGCAGGUUGUUUAUUUUAAGAUGCUUGCAGUGGUAAAACAUGUUUGUCUUGAUUACCCGUCUCAAACGACCUCCCCAAAACAAUUACCCAUAAUUGUACCAUUUAUGUGUCAUUUACAUUUACAUUGACAGCGAGGUGAAGUUACAGUAUCUCGAAAUUGAUGGGGUUGUUAUGGAAAUGAAGAUACAUGUACAUGUAAUCAUAUGAAAGCAUUAAAAGGGAGCCAUCUAGGAUUUGAGUGUUGCCAUGGACUGGAAUGGGAAAUGAAUUCAUUGACUAAAAUAAUCUUGGAAUAGUAGUAUUACUCAUCAGACAUGGAACAAAACUACAUUUUAUCCUAUGUUUUGAUAUAUGCAGAUUAAUAGCAGUUGUCUUGCACAUUUGAUACGGUUGCCAUGGUGAUAUGCAAAAAUUGACAUUGUAAACAAAUUCAUUGAACUAAAUUCCCUCAAAAUAGUGGUUUUCCUGUUCCAUUUAGCUCGCAAAUGUCAGAUUUAAUAUUUUACCAUAUGAUUCAAAUAUGCAAAUGUGGUGGCCAUCUUUGAUCUGAGAGUGUUGCCUUUAUUGAUACAAGAAGUGGCAUUACUUUUCAGUUUAGCCUUAAGAGGUCACACCACUUAAUCCAUAGUACUCUGAGGAUUUUGUGUUCCUACUCCAAUUUUGUGGUUCCCCUACACACUAUAGUCUGUAUAAUUUGAUGAAUUAAAGUGGUUAAUUCAAGUAGUUACCCUUGAAUAUUGAUUAAAAUCUGUACAAAACACUUUGGACUGUAUAUGGGUGCAAUUUGAUGUAAAUUUGACGCUUUUUCGGUGUGGUGGAUUGAUAUUUUGGCCGGUGUGUAGUCAAGCCACAUGUCAGCCUUUGAUAAGGUAAAAUAAGUGGGAAAAUCAUUAAAUCUCCUUGAUCAGAGGGUAGCAACAAAAUUUGGUGGCAAACCUAUAAUUUUUUCAAACAUUUUGGAGCUUUUGUUAGGUUGUGGGUCAAACCACGUCAAAUCACCUGAAAUUCAGGCAGUUGUUAACCGGGCCCCCUUUAAUUUUGCUCAAAUUUGCAUCAAAUGUUCCCCCAAGUAACUCAUGGUAUGUAUUGAAAAGUCUGAAAGUAGUCCAAAUUGAGAGCCGAAGAUGGACUGGUUUGUACACAAGCCUAUGGAGAUAUAUUUAGUGGUGUGGUACCUUCAUGGGUCAAAACUGGCAUUUGAUCCUAUGCUAUAACAUGCAAAUUAGGGACAUGCAGUUUGGAUUUGACACAGUUGUCGUGGUAAUAUGACAAACCUGGCAUUGUAAGUAAGCAUCUUGACCCAAAUUACCUCUCAAUUUUUGUGCUAUUCGUUAUCUGUUUACGAUCCAACAUGUUCGAAUAUCAGAUUUAACAUUUUACCUUAUGUUUGAUAUAUGCAAAUGAGAGGUGGCCAUCUUGGAUUUUAGAGAGUUAGAUUUAUGAUGGAUGCAUAAUUAUGCAUCAUAGAUGAUUUUUUUUUUAGUUACAUUGCCUUAGAAAAGCAAUAUGACUCAUACUUUUAGUCUUUUUGAAGCAAACUCAAGAUUGCUCAAUCAUUGAUAUUCAAAUUAGGGGCAGCCAUCUUAGAUCUAUGAGUGUUGGUAAGGUGAUAUGUAUAAAUUACCAUCAGUAAUGAAAUUACUGAAAAGCAUAAAGUCCAAAAAGUAGUUUUAGUCAUCAUUUUAGUCUUCCUGGAUUAAUAUAUUGUUUUAAUCAUAUGUUUUAUAUAUCGAUCUGGCUUUUUGUUAAUUAUGUUAAUUACGAAAAUUGCUCAAGGGUGGCAAGGUGGCAACCAAGGUGAAAUUUGUUAUAUAUCCAUCUCGAAUAUGAAUCGAUAAAAAAACCUGAGAGUUCCUGGUCCACAAAUUUUUUACACGAUUAAGUAUUCAUUGAAGGGAAAUGAAGUUGUGACAUGAGUGUGCUCUGAAUGAAUGCAGAAGAAUAAACACAAACUAAACAGUUAAACUUUGAGUGAAAUCAGCCAAUCUGAUAAAGAGUUAUGAUUUUUUUAAAGUUUAUGUACGGUAACAAUUUUUAUGGGGGAUUCUUAAGUUGGUAAUUCUGGUAGCAUCUUAAUGUAAGAAUGGAUGACUGUUUAUUGGUGUUGUACACAAGCGUGCAAAAGAUAAAUUACAUAAAAUAGUACUUGAAGAAUCAGCAUAAUUCUUUUAGUAAUAAAAGAAUUGCUUGCAGAAUUGAUGUAGAAAUGUGAUACUCAAAUAGUAAGUUAAAUUUUGAUGAAAAUGGGUGUGGGGGGGGGGGGGGGGAGAGAAUGUGUAAGUAUGUGUACAAAACCAAUGGAGAGUUGUCCAGUGUUACAUCAUAGAUGCUGGUGGAGUUGCCAACUUAAUGAUCUCCCAUAUUAGGGAUUUAAUUACAUGUUUAAUAUUUAUAACUCUUAAACAGAUUGUCUGAUUUUGAUGAAAGUUUGUUUACUUUUUGUUAUUUUUCUGCAGUCGCUAAAAGCACAUUAAUAUCUGAUUUUAUUGUUGUAAUGAGUUUGAAUCAUGCAUCAGUAGUUCUAGAUAUCUGUAGACAAUUUGUGUUUAGUACUGAAGUGUUUUUUUUUGUUGGUACUUACAUUAAAAAAAUGCUUACAUUUAAAAAAUUAAUUAUGUGUACAAAACCAAUGGAGAGUUGUCCAGUGUUACAUCAUAGAUGCUGGUGGAGUUGCCAACUUAAUGAUCUUCCAUAUUAGGGAUUUAAUUACAUGUUUAAUAUUUAUAACUCUUAAACAGAUUGUCUGAUUUUGAUGAAAGUUUGUUUACUUUUUGUUAUUUUUCUGCAGUCACUAAAAGCACAUUAAUAUCUGAUUUUAUUGUUGUAAUGAGUUUCAAUCAUGCAUCAGUAGUUCUAGAUAUCUGUAGAUGAUUUGUGUUUAGUACUGAAGUGUUUUUUUUUUUGGUACUUACAUUAAAAAAAUGCUUACAUUAAAAAAAUUAAUUAUGUGUACAAAACCAAUGGAGAGUUGUCCAGUGUUACAUCAUAGAUGCUGGUGGAGUUGCCAACUUAAUGAUCUCCCAUAUUAGGGAUUUAAUUACAUGUUUAAUAUUUAUAACUCUUAAACAGAUUGUCUGAUUUUGACGAAAGUUUGUUUACUUUUUGUUAUUUUUCUGCAGUCACUAAAAGCACAUUAAUAUCUGAUUUUAUUGUUGUAAUGAGUUUCAAUCAUGCCUCAGUAGUUUUAGAUAUCUGUAGACAAUUUGUGUUUAGUACUGAAGUGUUUUUUUUGUUGGUACUUACAUUAAAAAAAUGCUUACAUUUAAAAAAAUAAUUAUGUGUACAAAACCAAUGGAGAGUUGUCCAGUGUUACAUCAUAGAUGCUGGUGGAGUUGCCAACUUAAUGAUCUCCCAUAUUAGGGAUUUAAUUACAUGUUUAAUAUUUAUAACUCUUAAACAGAUUGUCUGAUUUUGAUGAAAGUUUGUUUACUUUUUGUUAUUUUUCUGCAGUCACUAAAAGCACAUUAAUAUCUGAUUUUAUUGUUGUAAUGAGUUUGAAUCAUGCAUCAGUAGUUCUAGAUAUCUGUAGACGAUUUGUGUUUAGUACUGAAGUGUUUUUUUUUUUGGUACUUACAUUAAAAAAAUGAAAGUGAUUUUUAGAAAUUUAAUAUCAGUUUUAUGUAUGACCAAAUCAAUCUGAAAUAUGUACACGAUGACAAAUGUUUUAAAAAUCAUAUGGUUGUAAUUUGAUAUAAUUGUGACAGUUUUACAAAGUUUAAACAUCGUUGUUUUGUUUUAUGGUAAUUGAUUUGUGAAGCAGUUUUGAGUUAAAUAUUUUGGAUAACAUCAAGAUUAGUGUUUAUUUGUUUCUUGUGUUUUGGAUAAAAGUAAUUAUGUUGGAUGAUUUAUAUGAUGUAAUUAUAGUGUAAAACAUAUUGAUGUAAUGGUGGCUAAUAAAAAUAUAUAUUUGUUUGAAAAAA